AUGACACGCUCAGUGGCUGCAGCUAGGAGAGGUCAUCAGAACAGCACCCGGAGUGAAAACGGCACCGCGGCCAAUGGCAAACGUCUGAACAAGCAAAAGUCUUCUGGAAAUUUGAAUGGGAAUGCUAGCAGUGGCGCCUCAUCGAAUUCUGUCUCGCAAACCGAUCUCCGCCAGUCCUCCGACUCCCCGGCAGUGACCACGGCCAAGGCAGCAAAUGGUGCGGCUGAUGGAUCCAAGACUGACAACGUCGACACCACGUACACCAACGGCACCGGAUACAAAGCGAAUGGCGAGAUGGCAUAUGGACGCACCAACGGCGUCGUCGGGGGAGACGGCACCCAGUCGAAAAUCUCCGUCUGCACCAACAGCAAGCGACAGACUUCGUCUGUAAACCCUUUCACCCUGGCGUCGACCAUCCUUAGGUCUUGUCCCAUUUACGACACCAUCGCCAUUCUGAUUUUCCUGCUUCAACUCCCUCCGAUCGUGCUCACUCUGGUCCAAUUCUUGUUCGCCUCUUUGACCUUUAUGCCUCCCGGCGGUGGUUCCGGAUCUUCUUUCACCUCAAACUUUGAUAUCUUUCAGGGUCCCGCCGGAACGCCCUCGUUCGGAACGAUGAUUGCCAUGGAUGGUUUCUGUCUGUUGCUUUGGGGUCUUUUUAUGUGGACCUGGGCUCAAAAUUUCGCCCUGGAUUUGGCGCAUGUGCAAGUCGCCAUUACCCUCGGUGGUGGUGGCUCCGGCAAGAAUGGAGGUGUCAAUACCAUGUGUGUGGGAACUGUUCUUUUGUUGCAUAUAGUACGGAGUAAAGGUGUCCAAGACUUUGUUUUUGGCCACCUGAUUGCCGCCAAACUGAUCAGCCCGGAUAUCCUAUCUCGGUGGUCUCAUUUCCUUCCGCAAGAAUUCCGCCGGACGGAGCCGCAAUCGUCUCCCAGUUGGCUUCGAAGUCUUCUUGCAAUUCAUAUUCUGGCGCAAGCAGGAACCGCCAUGGCCAGACGUUCCAUGGCCCGAAAUCGCUCGCCUCAACCGUCUCGGUCCGGGAAACGGGUGGAUGCCGAAGCAUCCGCCGGCUCCCAGACGCAAAUAGAUUCGGCGUUUGAAUCAACAGCAAGUGUGCCCUCUUUACUGGGUACCGACGGCCCCCUGAUUGGCCCUUCGGCCCUGAAGGAGAGCAGAGACCGUCUGCACAGCGCUAAAAAACGAAGAAGACAAGCGAACCAGGUGCGAAGCCGGCAGCCCUUUUGGGCCGCUUUGGCCAGUACAAAAGUUACUGUCAUGAGAGAGUAUGAACAUUCUAGGGCCGUUUCCAAGACCACCCGUGGUCUUCCGAUGACCGAAGAUGACCUCCAAGGAAUCACGCUAGAUGAUGGAUUGAUUUGGGUUACUAAUGUGGACAGCUCGACAAUCAAGUUUGCAGCUGGCGAUUUUGCAGUCGGAGAUGAGGCAACCGCCGCGACCGUUUGUGAAGAUGGGCGUUUGGAGAAUAACGAAGUGGAACCUUUCUACGUCUGCGUCAAUGGAGCGCUCUGGGCUACUGCGAAUAUCACCAAGGUCUGCGAUGGCCCCAAGGGGGCCAGCGCUGUGCAGUGGAGGGGAGAGAUCUCUGGUUUAGCCCCGAACUGCGCCUACACCUGUUCUUUUGUACGCAGCGACACCGACGAGGAAAUCGGAUCCAUGAGCGUCAAGACCCCGGCAGCACCCGAUGCAGACCAAAGCGCUGUCACGACUAUGCCAACCCCGCCUCGUCCGUUCCACCGGCCAUCGUCCCCGACAACCACGCUUCGAAACUCAAUCAUCAACGCGGAAUCGAAACUCAAUGAAAAGCGAUCUCGCUUGAAGAAGGCCAAAAAUGACCACAAAAUUCUUAUUUCUCGCAUUAGGAAGGAACUCGACAAUUUCAAUCACCGGCUAAGCAGCGGCAAUGAUGAGAACCGACAAAAGCAGCGGUCUUUGCAGCUGGAACGCAACAUUCGUCAAACAGAGGAAGCAACGGCGGCGUUGGAGACCCAACUUGAUACAAUGGAAAGUAUCCCCGAGGAAGAAAUGGCGGCGUGGACAGCGCAAAAGACCGAGUUUGAACGUGAAUUGGAAUCGCUGAAUACUGCCAAGCAAGAGGUGUUGGAAGCACGUACGACAGUCGCCCGUGACCUCGCUUCUCUUGAAUCGGAUUUCAAUGCAGCCGUACAAAAACGCGAACGUCUCCAAGGCCGCAAGGCUCGUCUCAAUGAACAGUAUGAACGAAUCAUCUCCGCCAACGCCCAAGGUCUCAACGAGCGCGAGCGUCGCGCAGCCGAGCAAUUUGCCAGAGAACAAGAUCAGGCUAAAAUCGAGGCCAAUUUCAACGAGCAGCUUACUAGCAUUAGCCGCGCUAUCCAGGAUUACCAGUUGCGCACCAACCAAUUGUGGCAGCAAGCUUCGGCGAUCGAGCAGGCUAUCCAGCAACAGCAGCAGCAGAUGCUCGUAGAAACGGGACCUUUGACUCCUGAAGGAACUCUGCCUGGCACCCACCUUCUGUCUGAGGAAUCGGAAAGUACCAAUAAUGUCAACAACCUGACCAUCACUCCUGCCAACAGUCGGUCGAUCUUGGGUGCGGGGUUCUCAACCCUGAGAUCCAGUCCUCACCAAAGCGCAUCCUCUGCCAACAAUGGCAUGACAUCCCAGACUGCGAGCCCCUUGCAGUCCACGCUUCAGAACCCCGUUGGAUACCAGGCUUCUCCGCGUCUCAACGUGGCAAACUACUUGGGAGGACGUGACUUUGGUUACCGUGAUCGCUCAUCCUCUAACCGUUCAGCGCGGAGCAGUCUGUACGCCGACUACGAUUUCGACCUGAACCGAUUUCUGCCGGAUCCUGUUGAGCGGCGCGACUCGGGCUCCGAUGGCAAAGGGUAUGCUAGUCCUACCUAUGGUGCCAUUGGUAGCCACUUCACCCGAGCUGGAAGCCGCGGCAGUGGUGGCAGCAGCGGUGGUAGUGGUAGUGGCAGUGGAAGCGGUAGUCCUCGGUCUACUCGCGCCGAAGGGCUGUAG